GGAUUAAACCAUCCCUCCUCCAUAUAGUUUCUUCAACGCGGCAGAACUUCUCGUCAUCAUCUCUAACGCUCUUGAAUGAGGGCUAGGAGAUGCAUAAAAUGGCAGGGAAUGAAGAGUGGAGGAAGACAGCUAACCCCCACAAGAUGAGUCCCGAAGAAGUGAAAGCCGCAGGCUUAGAGGGAUCUAAGAAACCGCUGGGCCACAACCCAAGGCCGGAGGGGAGCUUGCAUCAGAGGGGCAAACUGCCCUUUAGCCGAAACACCAUGACAAUUGCUGGCCUCCUUAUAACAGCCGCCAUUGGAUACAUGGUCUUGUAUGCCAAGAAAACGCCAGAAGCAAGCGCCCGGAAUAAGGCUACCAAUAGUGCUGAGCCCAUAGAUACUCAUCCCAGUAGGAAGUAGGUUAUAGAUGGCUGUAUUUAAUUUUGUGUUUUUAGUUCUCUGUUGAUUAUAAAUAUACCAUGGAAGGGAUUAGUCCACAACUGAUGAUGAUUAGUCAUUUCUCUUUUCUUUGUUUAAUAUCCAAAUUUAUUGGAGGAAA